AUGGAGACCCUCAUCGAUAAAUUCAAGAGGGAGCAGGGUGGUCUACGACGGUCCAGGUCCGUCCGCGCUUCCCUUCGAUUGAUUGGCAACCGCUGGCGGUCUAAGGACGAGGAAACAAAUGAUAUUGAAAAAAUACAGAACAGUAGUCUACUUUUCUCAAAGCAGAUUUGGACGGAGAAAGACUACGACGUAGCAUACACGGGUAUUGAAGGUACGUACAAAUCAAAGACUCCAGUAAUGGCGAAGAGGAAACCGGAGCAUGCAAAACAAAGAAGAAAGAGUGGGGAUAUCGACUUGACUCUAAAGCCGCAAAGGCCUAAAAAAGUGGAAAAAAAGUUUAGUGAUUUGUUCUCGAACAAAAAACAAAAAAGUGUGUCAUCAAAAGAACUGAUAGUGCCCGAGAAAAUACCUCCGAAAGCGGCGGCGAUUCUUCACAUACAUUCGCCAGAGCACGAGAAAGUGAAAAAGAAACUGAAGGGGAUGGGAAAAUCCGAGUCGGCGAAAUCAAUUUCAGAGUUGACGGUCCAUAAGCGCGUGCGCAGGGGCUCGGAGAGUGAUAUGUGCCCGAACCAAUCACGAGGCUGCGUGAAUCCUGCAUUUGUGUACAGCACUCCACCGAAAGAUAGAAAGAUGCCGAUGUCACCCACUGCUUACUUAAAGCUCCAGUACGGCGCGCUGCUCGAGGGGUGCGGGGGGGAGCUGCCUUCGUUAAGCGCGUGCGCUCCUCACCCCCCGCACCUCGAUAAGGCUACGCGCCGCCAACAGAAGGAUGCGCGAGCGCAACAAGACAAAAUCGCACAAGUUAACAUACAUUUACACGCCCUGUUCGCUGCAGUUGAACAUGGCUACCUUGACAAGGCCCGGAACAUUUUGGAGUCCACCGACGUCGAUGUUAACAGUCUUAACGCAGAUGGACUUUCGCCCUUGGAUGUGGCUGUUCUGGCUACAAACAGACAACUGGCCAAGAUGCUUAUGGAGUUUGGUGCCAAAGAAGGAACGCAAUUCAAAAGCUCCGAAGCUCUUGGCGCUCACUUGCGCCGAUUGGCUCGCGAGGCGGAAUCUAAACUGCAUGAAGUGACCGGCUGCGUACCAGAGAGGACCUGCAGAGAAGAUGCAUGCACUAGGUCGUCAGCAGCAAGUCAAGCUGCUGGUACAACAGGGUGCGCGGGCGGCGCUGGCUCCGAGAAAGACAAACAGGCGCAACACUGGGAGAGAAGAGUCAGAACUCUUAAACGCUUAGUGCUAGGCUGGCAACAACUACGAGUACCACCAGGUCCUUCCCCAGCUGAGUUAGAAGUCUGUGGUGCUCAUGCGGUCACCAUUAAACUGAAGGAAAAUAAAACCACGCCACCUGCCCAGAAGGAUCCGCCUUUUAUAACUAAGUAUAAAGUGGAAUGGUCAUCACGAGCAGAUUUCUCGAAUGUAUGCGGGUGUCGUGAAGUAGCCGCGUCCGGAACCAACAGUGGCACAAAGGUGUUAGCGGCAGGCCUGACGAGGGGUCGACGGUACUUCUUUAGGGCUGCUGCUGGGAAUAUCAAAGGAUGGGGGCCGUAUACUGUGUCUAUACCCAAAAGUGUGGUACCUAGCAGUUGGCGCGACGUGUGCUCCCGCGGGUGCCGCGGCUCGGGCGGCGCGGCGGCGGCGCUGGAGGCGCUGACGGCCGCCGCGGCCAGCGCGCGCUCCCGCCCGCUCGGCCCGCACGCGCGACAAUCUCGCAAGAAAACAGCCACCAUACGACAGCUUUUCACCGCUGCUAGCAAGUUCCAGAAGAACUUACGGAGAGGCGUUUACUUGGCGUGUAUACUCUACCACGAAGACAAAGUGCUGGUGACGAGCGAGGAGUUCCUACCGGUUAUCGAAGUGGACGAGACAUAUCCUACGUGUAUCUAUACUGACUUCCACUGGCUCAUGAAGGUAUCGUGUGCAUGGGAUGAUGUGAAGGCGCUACGUUCAGACAUGGAGAAGCAUACGUCCUCGUCGAUACAUUUCAGACUGAAGUUGCUCACAGCAGCCGCGCAAAUGCAAUCCGCCUUGUGUAUACAAGACUUAGGUCAAUUGUACCACAAGCCCCUGCGAGACUCUCACGGCACAAUAGUGUUGUCGUGCGUGAACAGCGUGAAGUCUGUGAAGUCGGUGUCGGCGCUCAACUCGCGGUGGGCCGGCGUGGCGCGGCUCCGGCGCAGAGUGCUCAGCGAGGACAACACCAUCGGGGAACUGCUCAUGGCUUCUGUACACGAACAGAUCGCUUACCAUCAGGUGUGCCGCGUGCAGCUGCCGCGCGGGCUGUACCUGGGCUACCUGAAGCUGCAGUCGUCCGUCGAGGUGGUGCGCAUCGUGGCGCCCGCGCGCACGCCCAACGUGCCGCCGCACACGCGCGUGCGCGACAACCCGCACGUCUCUGCAGAAGAAUGGGAAUAUCUAAAGAGCCAAUCCGGCAAAACCGACGACACUCAAGCGAUGAACAGUAUCACGAUAGGCGGUCAGGAGAAACCUUCAGAAUCUCAAGAAAUAUUCCUCGAUCUCAUAGCUUCGGCUUCCCAAAGACUCUUCAAAGAAAUGGAGAUUCCUAUUGAAAGUAUUGUAACCCACCGAAUAUACGAUUUAGAAGUCAUCGAACUAAACAACGAUGUCAGUUUUAUCAUGGUCUGUCCGCCUGCAGAACAAGCUUGCUCUGUACCUGGCCAAAAAGAAAUUCUUCUCCAGAAAGGAGAUCUAUUAAGUUUGCCGAUACAGGCUUUUGAAAUGAUCCACCUUCAGACUUAUCAUUCAAAUAUAUUAAAUAAAUACUCAAAACUUAGCUGUGUUUUAGAAUUGGAUGUGGCAUUAGCUGCCCACUCACACCGCGAAGCAUUUUCCUGCACAGAGCUACAGACAGCCAAAGAGAGACUAACUAAACUAGAAGACUUACAAAACAAUCUAAACACGGUGUGGAAGGCAGAACGAUGGCUCAUGGAUCUCAUAGGCUUUGCCAGAGACAAAGACAAAACGGUAGCAAGUUAUGGAAUAUUGCUCAAAUACAUUCUGGAUAAAACUCCGACACAAACCGAAUGUCCUGUAGAAAUAAAUGAAAAUGAUGGCGUCUUUAAAGAUUUCUUGCAAAUACCUUCGAGAGAUGGUAAAAUUACUAAAACAUCUCCCGGGAGGGGAUCGUGGCCUGGUCCAGCUGGAAACGGUAACCAUGCUAACUUACACCCAGAGUUUAGCAAAUCUGAACAACAAUUGAGUCUGUCCCCUCGACAAACAUCAGUAUCGACACUUAACUUAAGCAGUUCACAAUUUCUAAAUCCAGAAGCGAACAAAUAUCCGCGAAAAGGUAGCGCUGACUCUCAGUUCACACAAUCGAGUGCUGUUAGUAAUAAUAUACUAAGCAGCAGUUCUCAAUUUGAUAUAAAAUCUUCGGGGGGUUCUCAUACAAGCAUUGGUAGCAAUCGACUUCCUCCAUCCCGAAGCGAAGACACACUAGUUCUUCAAAACGAAAACGUCGAACCUAAACCACGACCUCACAGUAUUAACGCGACUGCAUCAACUACUUCAAGCCCCUUACUGACAGUGAAAGGUUAUUAUCCAGGUAGCAUGAUAAGCGUUAGAAUGACUAAGGGUAAUGUGUCAGAAUCAGCACAGAGCCUCUCGAGCGACUCAGAGAGCCAAAGUUGUCCAAUAACUUUAGUUCCUUUGAAAAUCCGUCCUCAAGGGAAUCAUUAUAGAAACCCUUGUAACGUCAUAGCAUCAAAGAGCAUGACGAAUGUGAAGAGUGAUGUAGACUUCACUGACACUGGACAGGAUUACCCAAAGUCUAGUUUGUGUGUCAAACGACAACCGCUGUUGGAAACACAAGAGGAUGCCGAGUAUAACAAUAAAGUUCCAAAGACUGAUGAGAGGAGGGAAGAAGAAGUGAAGGCUCCGGAGCUACGCACUCCUGACCAAGCGGGUAUUUUGCAGGUAUUCGCUGCAUAUGAAACUGGUUUGGCAUCAGGGACGUCCCUGAAACUCCACGUAACUCCACGGACAUCUGCGCGGGAAGUCAUUGACCUAGUUGUCAAACAACUCAACAUGGCCGCCGUGCUCAAAGGGAAAUCCGGCCCUGUCUAUGGCCCCGAAAAACUUCAAGAUUUCUGCCUCGUAGCUGUCAUUGGAGCCAGGGAAAGAUGCCUUCGAGAUGAUUUUAGACCGUUGCAACUCCAAAAUCCAUGGAGAAAAGGAAGAUUAUAUGUUCGGCUCAAACAUGAUGUAUUAGCGGCGUUGCAACAUUCUGCCAAGCAGCCCGCCUACAUAUAA